ACCUGGAGAGCCAACCUCUGCAACAGGCUGGCAGCGGAAGGAGGAGCCAGGGAAAGAGGAGCCACGUCUGAAAGGGGCUCGGCUGGCUCCGCCCCUCAGGGGUAUAAACCCCGCUGCAGCAGCCGCGGCGACCCACUGCGCUCGCACCCGGCGCGGACGCGACCGCCAGACCCCGCACACCCGCCACCCCGCUCUUCUCGCCAAUGGCUGACGAACUCUUUCAGCGCAAACCCUGGGACCCCGACGCUGACUCCGAAGGCCUGUUUGACAAGCCUCCCCCAGAAGAGCCCCCCGCUGCCCGCGCGCCCAAGUCGGCCGCGGGCAAGAAGGCUGGGCGGCGCGCGGGCGGGAGAGCGCAGGGGGCCCGCGCCGGGCUGCCCCCGAAGGCCGGUGCGCGACCCCCACCCAAGGACGAGGCGCCGCCACUGGACGAGGGCUGCUAUCUCGACCAUUUCCCGCACCUCUCCAUCUUUAUCUACGCGGCCAUCGCCUUCUCCAUCACCUCCUGCAUCUUCACCUAUAUCCAUUUACAGCUUGCCUGAGCGGCCAGGGCGGGACCGGGUGGGGAAGGGCGCGAGGCGGGAAUGAGAGGAUCGUCAUUUUGUGUUUUGGAGACACGCUGUACCCCCCUUCAUCUAGCUUUUGAUGCUUUUUUUCUUCCCUGCUUGUCACUACCUUUGUGUAACUGUCCAUCAGUAGGAGCGUCCGAAGCAGCUGCUAAUAAUGAAGGAAGGGCCUGUUUGCACCUGAAGAUUAGGGGAGGAGGCAGUCAGAACCCAACAUUUAGAAUCUCCGGGUGCAGUUGAACCCUAUUUAUCGUUAGGAUAAUGUUCCUGGACCCUACAAUUUUGAGGUAGGGACAUGCGCAGGGGGCCCAUCAUUUUGUGUUUGGGGCGCGCACAGCGAGCCCAACCUUCUGUUCUAUAAGGGAUGAGCCAGACCUGAGCCUUUGGCCUUCCAGAGAAGGCCCAGUGCGGAGGGUCGGCGCCCUGGCCCCUGGCUGGGCAGGAGCCCUGUGAUGCUGCAUCGCCCCCAGGAGGAUCCAGCUGUGUCCCCGCGCUGGCGCAGUCAGAGCUUGGGGGGCGGGAGCUGGCGAACCUGAGCGCGCAGCGGACGCCGCUGGAGCUCAGGACAAGGCUUUGCUGCCGCUGUCGCUGCGGAGCCGAGCUGCGGCCCAUAGCCGGAGGAGCUGUCAUGCCAGGAGGCCAAGUGCUCGUCGCGUCCCGGACGGCUUGGGAUCCGCUGCUGCAGAGUUCCUCGGAUGGCUUGGGAUCCGCUGCUGCAGAGUUCCUGGGACGCAGGCCCAUAGCUGAUGCGCUGCGUGGGAUGAGACCUUGGGGCCCCGGUGGAGUCCACGGGAGGGCUGUCUUUGUGUCUUUGGGAACUGCAGGGUGGCUUCAUUCUGGCCCAGAGCCCUUCCAGAGCUAUGCGACCCAAAACGAAGGGGUUGGGGAAUCAGUCAUUGACAAGAAUUCGUGCUGGAAAACUACCCGAUCCCUAAGUGUUUGUCAUCUCAGACCCAAAAAGGCCUAAUGCCAAACCCACCUUAGCAGGUUAUUCACCCACCUGCAUCUCUGUUUACUCUCGAAUGUUAUAUGUCAAAACGCAGUGCUCUAAUAUUGCAUAUAUUGUACUUGGAAAUGUCUGUAAUUAUGGUACCUCUGAUGUAAUAAAUCCCUCUUUUUCAGUC